AUGAUGCUAUGGAUCAUCAUCAUCGUGUAUGUUACCACUCCUCUGAAGGAAAACAGCUGUGUAUAGUAAUCCCUCAAGGCAGAAAGGUGAGACACAUUGUCUAGUCACCUUACCUCUGCUUUCCAUUGUGUAUGAUUACUAAUUCUUAAUUGGAUAAAUCAUCCCUGUGAGAAGAAAGGACACCUCCAAGGCACCAACUUCUUGUGUUGUUCAAUGAAAUGAGGAUGUAAGAAGUUAUUUUUUUCUGAAAUGGACUGUGUCAUUGGUUUGAACAGAUUUACUCUGAAACCCUUUGUAACCGAGAUGCGUGCACUCUAUGCAGUGCUAAUCUAUCGUCUCUAGAUGGCGCCAUUGUACUGCUACAUUAGUAGGCUACAUGGGCAAACACCUGAACAGUCACUCGAACAGAGCUGACAACUAAAGCAGCAAAUAUACAAUGAAUAGCGAAAAUUAAAGAAGUAAAUAAUUACUUUAACAUAAGAAACAUUUCUAAACUUUAUCCUAACUCUAGUAGAUACCAUUUUGAUUCUCUAUGUAUACCAGUUGGUUAUGGAGGGAGGUGUGAAGUUGAUCAUUGUUCAACAGUGGCCUGCUACUAUAAGUAACACUGAUAUCUUGGUGUUCUGUCCUCCUCCUGUUAUGUCUGCUUUGGGCUGGCUGUGUGAAGCUGUGUGAAGGACAUUUCGCUCCUGGAGGAGUCUGGGAGGUUUCCUCUCUCACUACUGUAACCUACCUAUGUUGUUUUCAUGUUGGGUUGCUACCUUGCUGUGUUGUUGUGUGUUGCUGCCAUGCUAUGUUGUUGUCUUAGGUCUCUCUUUAUGUAGUGUUGUGUUGUCUCUCUUGUUGUGAUGUGUGUUUGGUCCUAUAUAUAUAUAUAUAUAUAUAUAUAUAUAUAUAUACAUUUUAAAUCCUGCCCACGUCUGGCAGGAGGCCUUUUGCCUUUUGGUAGGCUGUCAUUGUAAAUAAGAAUUCGUUCUUAACUGACUUGCCUAGUUAAAUAAAGGUUCCAUAAAAUAAAUAAAUACCUGUGGCUGGGAGCCUCUGACUGAGGGAAGCCUUCUCCACCCCUCCACCCCUCUUAGUAGUAGUUUUCUGGGUAAUGUAUUCAUUAGGUCACCAGUAAUAAAUGUAAUAAAACAUUUUGCAAAAAAGUGUGUUUCUUAUUGGACAGUUUCAGGCAUUCCCUCCCUGUUUCAGUCUGUUGUCUUCCGUUUGGUACCUAUUGUUAUAGUUAAUGGACCAUGGUCCAGUCAGGCCUGGCCUGCUGUGUUUAUGCUGUGUGUGCAGCAAUGGUUCCACACCCCCUCUGGAAGGUCCAGGGAGGUCCCAAGCAUAGAAUUAAAGUCACUACAACGGACAGACCAUGACAUCACGGAAUGUUGACUUGAAUGGGAAUGUCUGUUUGUUCUAGUCUUUCUAAUUCUAAGGCCCUGAGUAGCAGCUGUACUGUAUAUAUGGCUGCUGUCUAUACAUUGCCAUUUAAGUCAUGCUUAGCGGCUCAGGCCACUGUCUAUGUUAAUCAUGAUGGACAGACAAUGUGAAAGGGGAAGAUCGCAUCAGAGAAUUGUGCAACUUGAAAUACUUUUCCCAGGUCAUUAUGCUACUGAUACUGUGGCCGACUGGCAGGGAAUAAAUAUACUUUUUUAAAUGGAUCUAUAUGGAGUUCUAUAGGGAGUUUCUUGCCUCAGGCCUCACUUCAGUUACAUGGUUUUUAGUAUAAAUCCAGACUGAAAUAGGUCCUGUUUUCUCAAACAUUGCAGUGUAUAUUACUCAACUGUUUGUUUCCCUCUUUCUGGUAACCAUGGUGAUGUGCCACCUACCCUCUCAGUCAGGGUUGAUACUGAAGCUACUGAGAUCUUUAUUCUCCUCUCCACUCUUGGUUUCCACUAGUAACUGUUCUUUUUUUCUUAAAAGAAAAGUGGAAUGGAAUUCUCUUUCAUAUUUGAUGCUUUAUUGUGAAGUCCUUAAUCCUUAAAGUCUCUAAGCCCAGUACUUUCAUGUUCAACAUGGGUGAGUUAUGGCACAAUGCAAAGAGGGGGCCAGGAACAUUACAGUAUAUCUCUUGUUCAAUUACAGGAUCUUAAUUUGAUCAAUCUUUUGUUGCUGAGAAUUUUUCUGCACCGUAGGACAUUUUUAUGAGCUUCUUGAUUUGCCUAAAUUCACUGAAAUUCCAAACUAACACAUGGUUAUAUUAAGAGUAUUGCACUUUUCAUGUAGCCUACUAUUGGCCAGCUAAUAGCCUAACCACCAAUCAAGCUACAUUACAUUCAAAUCCUGUUGCUGCAGGAUUGUGUAGUCUCUGGCAACCAGUCAUUUGAAGCGACUCUGGCUGGCAACCUUUGUAUACGUGUAGCGCAAUUGACAAUUUCUGGUUCCUAGAACUGUCAGCCUGGUUCCUAGAACUGUCAGCCUGGUUCCUAGAACUGUCAGUCUGGUUCCUAGAACUGUCAGCCUGGUUCCUAGAACUGUCAGUCUGGUUCCUAGAACUAUCAGUCUGGUUCCUAGAACUGUCAGUCUGGUUCCUAGAACUGUCAGCCUGGUUCCUAGAACUGUCAGUCUGGUUCCUAGAACUGUCAGUCUGGUUCCUAGAACUGUCAGCCUGGUUCCUAGAACUGUCAGCCUGGUUCCUAGAACUGUCAGCCUGGUUCCUAGAACUGUCAGCCUGGUUCCUAUAACUGUCAGACUGGUUCCUAGAACUGUCAGCCUGGUUCCUAGAACUGUCAGCUUGGUUCUUAGAACUGUCAGCCUGCUUCCUAGAACUGUCAGCCUGGUUCCUAGAACUGUCAGACUGGUUCCUAGAACUGUCAGUAUGGUUCCUAGAACUGUCAGCCUGGUUCCUAGAACUGUCAGUCCGGUUCCUAGAACUGUCAGUAUGGUUCCUAGAACUUUCAGUCUGGUUCCUAGAACUGUCAGCCUGGUUCCUAGAACUGUCAGUCUAGUUCCUAGAACUGUCAUCCUGGUUCCUAGACUUGUCAGCCUGGUUCCUAUAACUGUCAGCCUGGUUCCUAUAACUGUCAGCCUGGUUCCUAAAACUGGCAGCCUGGUUCUAGAACUGUCAGCCUGGUUCCUAGAACUGUCAACCUGGUUCCUAGAACUGUCCGUCUGGUUCUUAGAACUGUCAGCCUGGUUCCUAGAACUGUCAGCCUGGUUCCUAGAACUGUCAGUCUGGUUCCUAGAACUGUCAGCCUGGUUCCUAGAACUGUCAGCCUGGUUCCUAGAACUGUCAGCCUGGUUCCUAGAACUGUCAGCCUGGUUCUUAGAACUGUCAGCCUGCUUCCUAGAACUCUCAGCCUGGUUCCUAGAACUGUCCGUCUGGUUCUUAGAACUGUCAGCCUGGUUCCUAGAACUGUCAGCCUGGUUCCUAGAACUGUCAGCCUGGUUCCUAGAACUGUCAGCCUGGUUCUUAGAACUGUCAGCCUGCUUCCUAGAACUCUCAGCCUGGUUCCUAGAACUGUCAGCCUGCUUCCUACAACUGUCAGCCUGGUUCCUAGAACUGUCAGUCUGGUUCCUAGAACUGUCUGUCUGGUUCCUAGAACUGUCAGCCUGGUUCCUAUAA